CUCGUUUUCGCUAACGCGAACGAAGGUUGAGGAGGCAGCGUAGGUCUUCCGCAGACGCGAGCGAAGGUUGUCGUGAUGAUCGAAAAAAACGAUAAGAGAGAAGAGCAGAGGAAGUUGAGAGAGGCUUGCAACAGCUUGUAUCCUGCACUUCUUUGUUGCUUCACCAAGGAAGCAGGAUCAGGAAGCCGACAAGUGGCGAGGACUGAGAUUACUACCAAAAGUUACACCGCAGUCAAACUUUUCGUCUAAAGAUGGCCGAAGCCGAGGUCGAAGAGGAACAGGGUCCAAUCAUCUACGGCCCGGACGAGUUCAGGUUAAAAAGCAUCGGCGCAACCUACAAGGGUCAGUAUCUGAAGAAUGAGGAAGGUACUUUCUGCAUUUUUGGUGUAAGUACGAAUUUCAAACAUUAACAUGUUAGUUGCGCUGCGACUGAGCUAGUAUAGCAUGUUCCGAGCCCGAAGUAUGAACAACAACAAACUUUGCGGGUCUAAUCAAUAAAGCGAAAUCGAUUCCGCAGGUGAGCCCAUCCUCCACGGCGAAGGCGAGUACAAAAUCGGCCCAGAGCGAUUUGCUGGCACUUUCGACAACGGUCUGUUCGUCUCCGGGGUGUACGAAUCGCGAAACGGGCACAAGUACGAGGGUCCGUUUGUCGACAACAAAUUUCACGGCGUCGGGACGUAUUCCUGGCCGGGCGGGAGAAAAUUUCAGGGGGAAUUUCGAGACGGAAAACUGUUCGACGGGGAGUUCCAGGGCUUUGUCACGCUCGACGAACUCAGGAAGACACAGGUAUUUUUGACGACUUUCACAAUUUUGCCGGUUCUUGGCGGUUAUCGCCCAUGAUCCUCGGCUGUUUCUUGAUACUAUUGCGCUUUGACAAUGACAGAAUCGAACAUGAAGGUGAGUGGCCACUUCUUUCUCAAAAAAAUAUCAACUAUCAGGCUGAGGCCGAGGUGAACAAGUCCGCGCAGAAGAGAAUAGAAUUCGGGCGCGAUUGUUUCGCCGGACUAAUCGUAGACCAGUGUUUUGAUAGUAAUCCAAAAAAGCAGCUGGAAUGGAGAAAAGCAGCAGAGGCUGCAGCCGAAGGGGCGGAGGGGGCAGAGGCGUGAGGAGGAGGCUUUGCGAAAACGCACCUUGAGCAGAAGUUUAAACAAAGUUUCGAUGCCACCGAAUUCAAAGAACUCGAUCCGACACAACACGUUUCGACUUUUUACCACCGAAGAUACGCGAUGUUGUACUACUGUCUAGCGCGCACAAGGUUGAUGGGCAAGGGAGUCCAUUUCUGAUUUUGAUCAAUUUUGACGCAAAGCCUGUUCUUUGCGCAAACAACACUCCGGCUGCGUGCAUCGACGCCAUGCUGAUUACAAACAUGAUUUCUC